AUGCGCAUGUUUGAUGUGCUCCAUAAGCUAGAUUCGCAGGACAAGCAAGCCAACCGAGGGCGUCGAACAGCCGCAACCGACAGGCAGCGGAGCUUGGCGGCACAGUCACAGACACGUGUCUAUCACAAGUGCUUGGAAAGUCGUAUAUUAUUGCAGCGGCCACUGCAAGCCGAUAUUCCGGAAAAUGCAGUGGAGAGGCAGUCGGCGGUGGAAGUCUGCAACGCACUUUUGGUGCAAUUGAUUCAUGCCCGACGCCAACUUGCACCAGACAAGUUUGCACGGGAUACCUCGAAUCUCGCAGAUAUUGAGACAAAAGUCAGUGCCGCUGAUCCUACAGAAUUCCACAACUCGUUGCAAUUAGAACACGAAGUGCUCGAAAACGAAUGGGAGACUGUGUUCAAUCGGCGUCACAAAGAUGUUCGUUUGCAGAACGGACAGGCAGCAGAGAAAUCAUUUCGUGUUGUAGAUGCUUCCUUUUGGCAGCAGGUUGUCUCGACGACGCAGUACGAAGAAUCGAAAGACAAGGAGUUUGACGAUUCCAAAGUCUAUCAACAUCUACUGAAGGACUUUUGUACGUCAUCUACCGCUAAUAUAUCCGGAAGUACUGCUCCGUUGAAAGCAAAGAGGUCGUCCAAGAGCACCAGAAAGCAAGUAGAUCGCAGGGCUAGCAAGGGACGCAAAGUUCGCUACACUGCCAUCCCCAAGCUUGUCAAUUUUACCUUUCCCUUGUCGCGACCCGAUACGGGUAGUUUGGACCAAGACGCCUGGUUUCAAAGUCUCCUUGGAGGCGUGGCACACCGAACCUAG